AUGGCACUCUUUAAUAUCCCCGAGUUGAAUACUCGUACUGGAACUCUGCGCGCCUAUCACUUGGCUGCCAUCGUCUUCAUCUCGUCCUUCCUCUCAGCCUAUGACUCCGGAAUCGCAGGUGGUAUCCUCACUUACAAGUCCUUCGAAACUGAUUUUCGAUACUCGGCGGCUCAAAAGUCGAGAGUCUCGUCUCUGACUGUUGGUCUGGAACAACUGGGCUCGUUCAUCGCGGCUGGUUGCGUCUACCCUCUCACCAAUAAAUAUGGCCGGAAGAUCUGCAUUAUUGGCUCCACUGCUCUGUUCGUGGUCGGUGUAAUCAUUCAAGUCAUCAAUACUCGCUCGCUUGCGGCUUGGUAUGUCGGUCGUAUUGUCGCAGGCUUAGGAAUGGGCGGCCAAAGUGUGGUGAUCCCCAUGUACUCGGCCGAGAUGACCCCCAAGGAGAUCCGAGGUCGAUGCGGUUCUUUCUACCAGUGGCUCUAUGCUUGGGGUGUCUUCGUCGCGUACUGGGUCAACUAUGGCGUGUCCGAAAGCACUUCCCUUGCAGGCACCUCACGCGAGUGGCAGAUCCCUGUGGGCCUGCAAUUGAUUUCCGGAGGUAUCCUGUUCAUCGGCACAUUCACCCUCCCCGAGUCCAUUCGCUGGCUGCUGACCCAGAAUCGCACUGACGAUGCCUGGAAAUCUAUUGUUUGGAUCCGAGGUGGUGAUGGCGACAAGACCCGCGCUGAGUUUACCGAGACACAGCUAGGGCUGCAAGCCGAGCGCGCAGAACGUGAGGGCUUCUCCAUCAGCGAGCUCUGGGAGCCCGCGAAUCGUCUGCGCUUCUUUGUUGGACCUCUCAUGUUUAUCUUCCAGAAUGCGACAGGAAGUAGCGCGCUGGCUGUAUUUGCUCCGCAGUAUUUCAAGCUCAUCGCUGGUAGCGGUACAAACCGCAAUAUGCUGCUGACCGGUCUCUUCGGUGCCGUCAAAGUCAUUGCCUGUACUUUUUUCAUCUGGGUCCUCGCAGAAAGAAUUAGUCGUCGCAUGACGUUGGUCGGUGGCGCGUUUCUGAUGGCCAUAUGCAUGUUGAUUACCGCACUCAUUGUCGACUACAUCCCAACGCAGUCGUCCACCAACGUUACAGCUGCUGGACGUGCAACAGUUGCGAUGAUAUAUCUGGAUAUCAUGAUCUACAACUGCUCUUGGGGCCCCAUGCCUUGGGCCUAUGUGCCAGAGAUCUUCCCAACACGGAUCCGUGCUCUCGGGUUGGCAGUCAGCAUGUUGGCUCACUGGGCAUCGUCCUUCUGCUUCUCCUUCGCAAGUCCCUAUAUGAUCACCAACGUAGGUGCCAACACGUUCCUCAUCUUCAUGGGCUUUGAUUUCGUGGCCGCUGUUUUCUGCUGGUUCUUCGUCAAAGAGACCCGUGGCAAGAACCUGGAGGUCGCUGCUGGUACCGAGUGGGAAGCUGCUGAGCGCAGCUCUCUUGAGGAUGGUGAAAAGGGCGGUAUUGUGGGUGUGGACGGCAAGAAGGUGCAGCUCGUCAGCGUGCACGAGAACUUCCACGCUAACAUCCACCACCGCUCUUCGUGA